AUGGCAAGCUCCGACAGCAUAGACAAGAUCAAGCUCCACCACAUUGCACAUGUCUACUACAAGUACAGCACAGAAGAGGUAGAUGCCGCCCGCUUCUUCAUGACCGACUUCGGCUUCUUCGAGACCAAGCGCGUCGGCCCAAGGACAUAUUACCGCGGUUACGGGUCCGAGCCCUUUGUGCUCUGCGUCGAGGCGUCCACCAAGACAGAGUUCGCCGGCACAGCAUUCGCCGUCGACUCCCUAGAUGAGCUGCACAAGGCCGCCAAAAUCCUACCGCCCGAGACGAAACCGACCGACAUCUACGAUUUGGUUGACGCUCCUGGUGGUGGAAAGGGCAUCACGUUCUUUGACCCCGUCGAUGGAUUCCCAAUGCACCUGGUCUAUGGCCAGGAGCAGGUCGAGGAGCUGGACCCGAAGUUCCCAGAGCUGAAGCUCAACUUUCCCGAGAAGCAGAACCGCGAUACCAACCAAUUCCAACGCUUUGAGAAGCGCCCGACACCCGUGCACAAAUUGGGUCACUACGGCAUGUGUGUGACGAAUUUCAAGAAAUGCUACGAGUUCUAUUCGAAAUACUUCAACUUCUAUCCCAGCGAGCUCAACUACAACGACGACAACGAGGACAUCACAGUCUUCUUCCGGCUGGACCGCGGCGACGAGAAGGUGGACCACCACUGCUUCUUCUUCUUCGAGGGGCCCAAGUGCCACGUGCACCACUCGUCCUUCGAGACGCACGACUUCGACGCCCAGGUCCUGGGCCACGACUGGCUGCGCCACAAGGGCUACGAGAACUGCUGGGGCGUGGGCCGCCACAUCAUGGGCUCCCAGAUCUUCGACUACUGGUUCGACCCGUCCCGCUUCAUCCUCGAGCACUACGUCGACGGCGACCUGCUCGACCGCCGCUACCCCACCCAGCGGUCCAAGGCCAGCCCCGAUGGCUUGCAUGUCUGGGGGCCUGACCUGCCGCCUACUUUCUUGACGUAA